AUGUCAUCAUACUCACAGAUAAAUAAUUUACCUCCACGGAUUUCCGUAGGUGAUUAUAUUUUCCAUAGAUUGAGACAAUUGAAAGUGAUGACAAUAUUUGGUUUACCUGGUGAAUUUAGUAUGCCAUUGAUGGAUAAAUUAUAUAGGGUUCCUGAUAUGAGAUGGGCAGGUAACACUAAUGAAUUGAAUGCUGCUUAUGCUGUCGAUGGUUAUUCGAGAUUGAAAAGAUUAGGUUGCAUAAUUACGACGUUUGGUGUAGGUGAAUUAUCUGCAAUGAAUGGUAUUGCAGGUUCCUUUGCAGAACACGUUGGGUUAUUACAUAUUGUUGGGAUGCCACCAACUAGUGCUACUACAAAACAAUUACUUUUACAUCAUACUCUUGGAAAUGGAGAUUAUGAAACUUUUUUUAGAAUGGCUAAUGAUGUUACAUGUUAUAAUACAAUUAUUAUAGAUUCGGAUUUUUGUGCCGAUGAAGUGGAUAUGUGUAUAAGAAUGGCCUGGGUGAAACAAAAGCCUACCUAUAUGGGAGUUCCAUCGAAUCAAAUAGAUUUACAAGUGGAUUCAACACGUUUAGAUAUUGAUUUAGAUCUCCGACUGGAUCCUUUGAUUAGUAAUAAUAAUAAUAAUAAUAAUAUAGCAUAUAAUGAAAUUGAGAGUAUCAGAACAUUAAGUAAUGAUUCUCUUGAACAAGCAGAGUCGCAAAGGAUGGAAGGAGAGAUUACAAAGAUAAUAUUGAAAAGGAUUUAUGAAUCGAAUAAUCCAGCUAUUGUGGUAGAUGCAUGUGUAGCAAGACAAGGUCUUUUAAGAGAAACUCAGUUAUUUUGUGAAUUAACUAUGUUUCCAACGUUCGUUACACCAAUGGCUAAAGGGAUAAUAAAUGAGGAUAUGAAUAAUUUUGGUGGUGUCUUUACAGGAUCAAUAUCUUCACCUGAUGUUAGAGAGAUUGUGGAUUUUGCAGAUUUGGUAAUUGUGAUAGGUUGUGUAUUGGAAGAAUUUAGUACAUCAAGUUUCCAUUUUAAUAUUAAACCAAAAAAUCGAAUAGUUAUAUUCGAUGAUUCUGUAAAGAUUAAAACCGUUGCAUAUCCAGAUAUUAAUAUUAAAAAUUUGUUAAAAAAUAUUUUAUUCCAAUUAGAACAAUCAAAAAUAAAUUAUUCGUUUCAUAAGAAUCUAGAGUUACAAGUACCGAGACAAGAACUCACUAGAGAUCAAUUGCUUCGACAGGAAUUGGUUUGGGGUGAAUUUUCACAUUGGUUUAGACCAGGAGAUAUUAUUAUCACUGAAGUGGGUACAUCUGCAUUUGGGAUCAUCCAAACGAAAUUUCCGAAGAAUACAUGGGGUAUUUCACAAGCAUUAUGGGGAUCUUCCGGUUAUUCAUUAGGUGCAUGUCUUGGGGCAUCAUUUGCGGCACAAGAAUUGAAACAAGAAGCAGCAAUGUAUGGGAAUGUAAAUAAUGAUCAAUUGAGUCAUAGGGUAAUUCUGUUUGUUGGUGAUGGUGCAUUUCAAAUUACUAUGCAAGAAUUAUCAACAAUUAUAAAGGCAAAUUUAAAGCCAUAUAUUUUCAUCAUGAAUAAUCAAGGUUAUUCUAUUGAUAGAUUUUUACAUCAUAGAUCAAAUGCUAAAUAUUAUGACAUUCAACAAUGGCAUUAUUUGUCUUUACUUUCAGUAUUUGGUGCUACCGAUUAUGAAACAAGAAAAAUUAUUACUAUGGGAGACCUACAGGAUAUGUUGGGGGACCAAAAAUUUGCAAUUAAUGAUAAAAUUAGAAUGCUGGAAAUUAUGGUACCAUCAAUGGAUGUUCCUCAGGCAAUCAUUGAUAAAUGGCAAAGAGAAAAAGAAGGCAGCAAUGUAAUUAACGAAAACGAUCAUCCUCAUUCCAUUGAAACUUCAAAUAGUGAUGUUUUAAGUUGGAGUGAAUCACCCUUAACAGAACUUGAACCCGAUCGUAAGAAAAGAUAUUUGUAA